AUGUUCUCCGACAUCUACAAGAUCCGGGAGGUCGAGGACGGCCUGUGUCUGGGGGUGGAGGGGAAGAUGGUCUGUAGGACAGGGGGUAACAUUGAUGACUCAUUCAUUGGUGGAAACGCCUCCGCUGAAGGCCCCGAGGGAGAAGGUACCGAAAGCACAGUCAUCACUGGUGUGGAUAUUGUCAUGAACCAUCACUUGCAGGAAACCAGCUUCACAAAAGAAGCCUACAAGAAGUACAUCAAAGACUACAUGAAGUCAAUCAAAGGGAAGCUUGAAGAACAGAGACCAGAAAGAGUAAAACCUUUUAUGACAGGGGCUGCAGAACAAAUCAAGCACAUCCUUGCUAAUUUCAAAAAACGAUCAGAUCUUUAUUGGUGAAAACAU